UCUCCGGCCGGCCGCCACCGGCGAUUCUGCUCUCAUCUCCUUCUCUGCUACUGCUCUCGCAGUCACACUCCCGCAGCUCUCAGAAGAAGAACCGCCGUUCACCUCUGUCAGCUAACAUCAUCGUCGUCGUAGCUAUCGGAAAAUACAGAUAAUGGCCGAAUUCAUGGAUUCAUCUGAAAGUGGACACGUAGGACGGAUACAGCGGGAUGCAGUUGGAAAUAUAGUUACAGAAAACGGAAACGUUACAUGUAUUUCUGAAAAAGGGAACAAGGUGCAAAUUGCGUACAAUGAAAUUGAUUUUUCUUGAUACACUACAAGCCACUCUUGACAAUGAAACAAUAUUUAUAAAAUUACAUGAACAUGUACAACAUCACAUGAUACAAAAGGAACAGUAUAUUGAAGCAGAUAAUAUUACUAAUAAUAAAGCAGUACAAGAACGUGAAGAACCAUUGGAAUGGAUAGAUGCAUCAACAAAAUUAUUCUUAGAAAUGUAUAAAAAUGUAACAAAGCAGCAGAAAACAAAAACAAAAAAAAGAUUAUGGUGCAAACUAUCCGAAACAUUGCAGUCACAUGGUUAUAAUGUUUCUGCAAAUCAAGUCGAAAAUAAAUUUAAGUCGCUUGACAGAUCAUAUAAAAAUAUGGUGACAAAUAAUAAAAAGACAGGCAGACAUCGAGCAUCAUGUCCUUAUGAAACAGAGUUGACAGAACUGUUUGCAAACAAACACAACAUUAUACCAUUAGCAGUCUCAGGAAGUGAAGGUACAAUUGUACGAGAUGAUGUAAGACUAUCUCUAUCUAAAACUAACACAGAUAUAAAUUGUCUGAGCACUGGAGGACUUGCAAACGUACAAAAUAAUAAUAACGUUGAAGCCGAUGGUAAUAGCGAUGUAGGUGGACAAUUAACUGCCAUACAUGCAGAAACUAGCACCCCUUCAACAUCUAAUACAACAAGAAGUAACAAUACUAAUAACCAUUCCAAUUAUACAUUACCCCAAAGCAAUAGAAAGCAAUUAACUAUUAAAGACAAACGUAUGGAAAUAUAUCAGCAACAAAUUGAAACCUUAAUGCAAGAUAUUCGACAGGAAAGACAAGAGCGAUUUGAAGUGCAGAAACAGAUGCAAAAUACAUACAAUGAAUAUUUGAAAAAGAUAUAUGAAGCUAUACAAGAACGCAAUGAAAUUUUUAAACAACUUAUCCCACAAUCACAAUCACGCAAUGAGACAGAAUGAUGUAACGUAGGGCUAAUGAGAAAUUUAUUUAUUUUAUGUAGAAAGACUGAGAAACAUUGUAUUCGAUAUUUUGUUAUGUAUUACUGCGUUUCUUUAUUGCGUUUCAUAUUAUAUUAACAGUUUCAUUGUGUU